AUGGAGAGAGAGAACCAUACUCUCAUCAUGGAGUUUAUUUUCCAGAGGUUUUCCAGCUUCCACGAGCACCGGCUCACCCUUUUUGCCAUGUUCUUGGUGCUGUAUGCCUUCACCCUGGCAGGCAACGUCAUCAUCAUGACCAUCAUCCGAACUGACCAUCACCUCCACACGCCCAUGUACUUCUUCCUGAGCAUGCUGUCUACUUCAGAGACUGUGUACACCUUGGUCAUUCUCCCAAGGAUGCUCUCCGGUCUUGUGGGGAUGAACCAGUCCAUCUCACAGGCAGGCUGUGCCACACAGAUGUUCUUUUUCAUAACCUUUGGCAUCACUAACUGCUUCCUGCUCACAGCCAUGGGCUAUGACCACUAUGUGGCCAUCUGCAACCCCCUGAGAUACUUAGUUAUUAUGAACAAGAGAGAGUGUGUCCAGCUGGUGGGGGGCGCCUGCAGCAUUGGGCUGGUUGUAGCCACGACGCAAGUGACAUCUAUGUUCAGGUUACCCUUCUGUGCCACAAAGGUCGCCCACUUCUUCUGCGACAUCCGACCGGUCAUGAAGCUCUCCUGCAUUGACACCACUGUCAAUGAGAUUCUGACUGUGAUCAUCAGUGUCCUGGUGCUCGUUGUUCUCAUGGGGCUGGUCUUCAUCUCCUAUGUCCUCAUCAUCUCCAGCAUCCUCAAGAUCGCCUCAGCUGAGGGCCGGAAGAAGGCCUUCGCCACCUGUGCCUCCCACCUCACAGUGGUCAUUGUCCACUAUGGCUGUGCCUCCAUUGCCUACCUCAAGCCCAAGUCUGAGAACACCAGAGAUCAAGAUCAGUUGAUCUCUGUGACCUACACAGUCAUCACCCCCCUGUUGAACCCUGUGGUGUACACCCUGAGGAACAAGGAGGUCAGGGAUGUUCUGCUCCGGGCCAUGGGCAAGAAUCCUUCCUGA